AGCGCACAGCCCCUCCGCGGCACGGGGACUAGUGUUCUAGCGGACAGUGGAUUUCAACGGGACCUGACCACAGCAUGAUGGACUUGUGACAGACUUUACCCACAGCUGCGCUCCAGCACUUUUCCCGUUAACCGACUUUGAUUUUCGAACAUUGGAGUCAGGAUGGCUUUAUUCUUGCUUUUCAUUGUAUUAACUGUUGAAACCAAUCAAUUAGUGCUCUCAGCACACAGGGACGUUUAUACCAACCACUGGGCAGUGCGGAUUACAGGUGGUCAGGAACAGGCUGAUAUAAUCGCAGCGAAAUAUGGAUAUAUAAACUUGGGACAGAUAGGAAGUCUGGAGGACCAUUACCAUUUCCACCACAGCAGAGUGGUUCGCAGAGCUGUGUACUCUUUGAAGGGCCCCCACAGCUUCAUCCAUAUGGAUCCCAAGGUGGACUGGGCCCAGCAGCAGGUAGUAAAACCAAGAGUAAAGAGGCACGCCCAAAGUGACCCAAGCUUCAUUAAUUUCAAUGACCCUAAAUGGUCCAACAUGUGGUACAUCCACUGCAAUGAUAAGAGCAGCCGCUGUCGCUCCGAGAUGAACAUUCUGGCAGCCUGGCAGAGGGGCUACACCGGCAAGAAUGUGGUGGUCACCAUACUGGAUGAUGGCAUAGAGAUGAACCACCCUGAUCUGGCUCAGAACUAUGACCAUCUAGCAAGUUAUGAUGUCAAUGGGAAUGACCAUGACCCUAAACCACGUUAUGACUCGCACAAUGAAAACAUACAUGGAACUCGGUGUGCAGGUGAAGUUGCAGCAGCGGCCAAUAACUCCCAUUGCAUCGUUGGGAUUGCCUACAACGCUCACAUUGGAGGGAUUCGGAUGCUGGAUGGUGAUGUGACUGAUAUAGUAGAGGCCAAGUCCCUGGGAAUCCGACCUGACUACAUCGACAUCUACAGUGCCAGCUGGGGGCCAAAUGACGAUGGCAGGACAGUGGAAGGCCCAGGGCCGCUAACAAAGCAGGCUUUUGAGCAAGGCAUCAAGAAGGGUCGCAAAGGCCUGGGGUCCAUUUUUGUCUGGGCGUCAGGUAACGGUGGUCGGCAGGGUGAUCACUGUUCAUGUGAUGGUUACACCAGCAGUAUCUACACCAUCUCCAUCUCCAGCACCACAGAGAAUGGAAACAAGCCCUGGUACCAGGAGGUCUGCAGUUCCAUCAUGGCCACAACCUACAGCAGUGGAGAGUUUAACGAGAGGAAGAUUGUAACCACUGACCUCCGGCAGCGCUGCACUGAUGGUCAUACUGGCACUUCUGUCUCUGCUCCCAUUGUGGCUGGAGUCAUAGCUCUCACCCUGGAGGCCAACCUUUUGCUGACAUGGAGGGAUGUGCAACAUCUUUUGGUGAAGACAUCCAGACCAGUCCACCUGAAAGCUGAUGACUGGAAGACCAAUGCUGCCGGACACAGAGUCAGCCACCUGUAUGGUUUUGGCCUGGUGGAUGCAGAGGCCAUGGUGCUGGAGGCUACGAAGUGGAGGACUGUUCCUCCUCAGCACACCUGCAGUCAGAUGGCUGAGCGACGCAGCAGGUACAUCCAUGCUGGUCAAAGCCUGAACAGCAGCAUAACUACCUCUGGGUGUUCAGCAGAACCUGAGCAGCACGUGGAUCACCUGGAGCAUGUGGUGGUCAAGGUCCUGAUAGUCCACCCACGACGAGGAGACCUGGAGAUCAACCUCAUCUCUCCGUCUGGGACGAGAUCACAGCUACUGGCCAAGAGGUUGUUUGACAGUUCUAACGAGGGCUUCAGGAACUGGGAGUUCAUGACAGUUCAUUUCUGGGGUGAGAGGGCAGAGGGCACAUGGACUCUGGAGAUUAUUGACUCACAGUCAAAGCUACGCAACCCUGAGGUGCUGGGCAACCUAAAAGAAUGGACGCUGAUCCUUUAUGGCACAUCUCAGAACCCUUACCACCCCUACAGUGCUCAGCACUCCCGUUCAAGGAUGUUGGAGAUCCCAGCCCCAGAGGAGGAGCCAGAGCUGGACGAGGAGGAGGAGGAGGAGGAGGAGGAGGAGGAGGAGGAAGACGAGUACAAUGGACCAUGCCACAGUGAGUGUGGAGACCAGGGCUGUGACGGACCAGAUGCUGACCACUGCCUCAACUGUGUCCACUUCAGCUCGGGCAGCCUGAAAAGUGGCAGAACCUGUGUGAGCCACUGUCCAAUGGGACACUACGAGGACACUACGUCUCGUCGCUGUAGACGCUGCUAUAAAGGCUGUGAGAGAUGUGUUGGCCGAUCAGUCGGUGAUUGUCUCUCCUGUCGAAGAGGCCUUUACAGCAACACACUCAAUUCCAGCUGCAUCGAUACCUGCCCCCCAGGUUACUUUGCUGAUGAGAAUCAGAGGCAGUGUGUGAAGUGUCAUGACACAUGUGUGAGAUGCCUGAGGUAUGCAGACAGAUGCACUGCCUGCAGAGAAGGCUACAGUCUGGCGGGGAUGACUUGUGUUCCUGAAUGCACCGAUGGAACCUUUUUCCAUCUGGAAGAGAUGACGUGCAGCCCAUGCCAUUCCUCUUGUAGGACUUGUACAGGGCCAGGUGAGGAGGAGUGUAUCCAGUGUGCUGAGGGCUACCUGCAGCAGGAGUGGAGGUGUGUGCAGACCUGCGCACCUGGCUACUACUCUGGAGAGGCAGCAGGAGUCCCUCAUAAGAUGUGUCACAGGUGUGAGGAAAACUGUCUGAGCUGCAGUGGCCCCGGAACAACUUGCACCAAAUGUAAAGAGGAUUAUAGUCUGGUCAGCAGGACUUGUGUUGUGAAUGCAUCCUGUAAUAACGCUGAUGAGGAGUUCUGUGAGAUGGUCAUAUCCAACCGUCUCUGUGAGAAGAAGCUUUACCGUCAGUUCUGCUGCCGCACCUGUCUGAUGAACGGAUGAGGAGCCGGCCACCUCCAGACACCUCCCUCUCUCUUACUCUCAGUCAGUGUUAAACAGACAUAACAACUCAAGUGUUAUCAUCUGACCAAACCUACGUCAGUUACAUUCAUUUAUAAAAUACUAACUUGUGCUAUUCUCUUUUAGUUUUUAACUCUUUACAAAUAGUGGAAUGAAGCUCUUCAGUUGUAUUUUUGCAGGUUGCUGAAGGCAGGUGUCAUUUUCACAGAUCUUUUUAAAAUGGGCAUUUGUGGAAUGUGUAGAAAUGUUCUGUACUGAACAUGUACAAAACUGCAUUAUAAUGAAUGUGCUUUUUACAACAA